AUGGCGUCGCCCGUCGCCGCCGCCGUCGCACACACUCAGGCCACGACCAAGUCGUCACGCAAGACACUGGGCCUCGUCAUGGCGCUCCCGCCUCAGUGGUUGGAGAUGUACGAGGAGUUUAUCACGAAGAAUGCGGGCCAGGUCUCGCAGAUUGAAAGUGCUCUGCGCAGCCUGACGUACAUUAUUCCUGGUCGUUUUAGGGAUGCUGAAAUCGCAUCAGAGUCGAUUCACUCGGGCGUUCAGCUCCUCUCGAUGUAUCACGACAACCUUUUAUCCCGGGCCGUGUCCCGGCUGCCCACCAUGUCAAUGCCGUCGGCGCACGCGCGAUACACACGGGCUUGGAGCCAAAAGAGUCCACUCUACCGCCGCAUAGCCAUGCUCCUGCAGAUGGUGAUAUAUACCGAGAUGCUAUGUGAGAUGACAGCCAAGCGACGUGGUGGGGAACAUUCGAGGUGGAGGGUGGUGGUUUUCCUUGAGGCCAUUAAGGCCGUCUGCCGUCUACUUCUCCUGCGAGUUACGCGGUUUCGCCCCCUAGUAACACCGUCCCUUCCCGAGAGGGAGCCAAUCCCCGAGGACCUCAACGCCAAUUUUGAUGAGGAGGAGCCCCCCCGGAGCGAGAGCGAGCUGAUGGAUGAGGUCGACUCGGGCCAUCCGCUGCUGGGCAGGGGCCCCGAGAAGUCGCCUCACGAACAAGAGUGGAAGAUGCCCCGGACUGGCAUGAAGCUGCCAUCUCUGCCAAACCCGGGCGACAUAAGCGGUUAUUUGCUGGGCCGCGUGCUGACGGCCGACGACAUUAAGCCGGCCAAGAAGCUGCUGAACCAACUUCAAGGUAGCGGGCAGGCCGCCGAGAUCCUCCACAUCCUCGCUCCGCUCAUCUACGCGAUGGCACUAGCGCGCAGUUCCAGCCGCAAGUCGUGGACGCCAUGGCUGCUUGGCCUGUCAAUUGAGUACGCAGCGCGACAGCUGAGGGACCGCAGCCUGCGCACCACGUCAUUAGAGCGUGACGAAUGGAACAAGCGAGGUUGGGGCAUGGCUUGGUGGAUGAUGCGCGGCGCUUUCUAUGAGAACCUGACCAAGAACGUGGUUGGUGGUGUCACCAACCGCAUGCCCGGUUUCAUUGCCGGAAUCCUCGAGGAUUACGAAUAUCUCUGGGACAACUACUACUUUAGCACCAGCCACUAG